GGAAGGUAAUUCUGUUAAAUUUUAUCAUUCAUCGUUCAAAAUCCGAAUAACUCUUUAACUGAGUGCAGUUAAUUAUUAAAGCAAGACACCCAGCAAUCAAAAUUAUGAGUUCGGAAGAAGAACAAAGCAGAAAAGUGGACGAAGCGUUUAAAAAUGUCAUUAACCAGAUUGACAAAGAGUACCUGAGGCCUAUACAAGUCAAUAUGCACUAUUGUGCUGCAAAGUGCUGUGAAAAUCAAACGGGAAGUUUAGAAGAUGUGCAGAACUGUAUACAGAGAUGUAGCAAUUUCUUAACACAGGCUGAAAGCAUAGUUAAGGACGAAUUUAACACUAUUCAGAAUCGAUUGCAGAGAGGUGUAAUGGACUGUCGUGAUGACACAAAGGUUCAAAUUCCACCGACGGCGACUGAACAAGAUAUGGAAAAAUUCAACAAAGUGUUUGAAAAAUGUGUAGUCUCAUCGAUAGAAAAUAAUAUGAAAGGCAUUCCUCCUAUGCUGAGUCGUCUGAGGGCUCGUUUAGGUGAAAUAAAACAAAAUGCCGUUAAAAGCUAAUAUUAAAUUUGUUUCUAAAUUUUUGUAGAAAAUUAUUUAUGUUCGUAACAAGACUCUGUAUGCAUUAUUUAUAUUAUUAUAUCAAGUCGAGUUUCUAAACCAUUCCCUUAGGGACAAGUAAGGAAACUGUCAUAUGAAUUCAUCAAUUUGAAAAAUUGAAGAAUUAGUUUUAAAAUUUGUUUACAGGAACUCCUUUUUAGUACAUGUGAUACAUGAAAUAGGUUUUACAUAAAAAACAGAGUGAAAUGUAAAAAUUGUUAUAAUAGGGAAAUGUCUGAGUGUAGAUGAAUGGUUGAAAGCAGUUUGGUUCGACUUACUGUAAGAAAAAUAUACGGCAAACUAAAAAAUGUGAAA